GCCACCCAGCAUCACAAGUUUCCAGACCCAGACACUUUUACAAUCCAUACAUCUUCAAGACGGACGAGGAAUCCUUCCACGGGGUGCCGGACGUGUUGCUCAAUCCGGCAAACUAUCAAGUGUAAAAAUGUCUGGGUCUGGAAAGUUGGAACUUGUGAUGCUAACUUUGGAAACUAAAAAAAUCUGUAUUGCAUGACCAGCAAGAGGAGCCACAUUUGUGCUACGCGAGGAGGGCAUUUGUCAUGCGGAAAUGGCAUCAGGAAGCUUUCCAAAAAUCUGUGAUGCUGGGUCAUGUAUUACAAGCAUCAUGGGUCAUGUCAGACAAGCAUGACAAGCCUUCCAUUCUUCCAGACCCAGACAUUUUUACACUUGAUACAAACACGACCAGAAACACCAUCACCUACUACUACCUCUCCGACCUGCAGUCAACCUCGGAUCUAAAGAAACAGGGCGCGCUCUCCGACGGGUUUCGCGCGAAGGCCACGUACUUUCAGCGGCCGACCGAAAACGUGGACGAGAACUUGCAGAAACUGUUCCAGAUCCGCAGCAAACGAAGAAUCGAGCAGAGCGACUUGGACGAAAUUUUGGGCAAAGAUUGGCACUACAAGGAUUCGCUGCCCGAGGGACGGGGGCGAGUAUUCAGCGACGAGGCGAAAGUGGAAAAAGAGAAAUCCGAACUAUGACUUAUAAGCGGCGAGUCGUAGUCAUUUGUAUUUCGGGUAUAAUUUGUUGUUGUGAACCACUAGUGCCAGCUCCGUCGUGAUGUACUUGUAUUGUAGUGGAUGCGCCGAACUAGAACUCCUAUCCAUUUUAUUCAGAAAAACUACGUUUGUUCAUGGAAGCCGCUACGAUGGACCACUACGUGGACCAUUCAUUCUAUCUCCUGAAGCUUUCCGAUUUCUGAUUCUCUUUCUCGCCUUAUUUCAGAAACCCUCCCUGAAGUUCUUGACGUUCGCGCGGGAGCCCGAUGCGCUUGACUAUUUCAGCAACCAACUGGAAAAGAUCGCGAUUCUAAGUUUCCGUGAGUGGACGAAGCAAAAUGCAUGCGCAUGAAAGGAGUAGGAAUUUUUUGUGUUAGGAGCAUCACGUUUGAGUUUUUACAUUUAGCUAGUCGCGGCACUGAAAGAUCGCAAUUGAGUUCUUCAGAUCAACAUGAGAAACGAAUUCUCUGAUGAAGUUUCU